CACGUACCUGAUCCCCAGACACAACGACACCCCUUGGAAUCCAUUGGUGCUGUUUGGAAGCUUACCUUACCUUUGGAUAGCUACCAGCCACGGUUGUUGUUUGGAUCGCUUCUAAUUCUAGUCUGGAACCUAGUAACCUACCCGUUCCUCCAGUUCAACGGAUUUUCCAUACAAAGCGAUAACCGAGCCAACCGCCGAUCUCUUUAUAGCACGGCAGUAUUCGAGAUAUUCACACCGUCAAAAUGAGCGGUUAUCCUGGUCAAGGUUAUCAAGGUCAGGGCUAUGGCCAAGGCUAUGGCCAAGGUUAUCCUCCUCAGGGAGGAUAUUACCCACCGCAGCCUGGUUAUGGCGGAUAUCCUCCACAGCCGCCUCCGCCACAACAGUACCAGUAUGGUCCGCCUCAGGGCGGCUACCAGUACCCGCCUCAGGGCGGCUCUCACUACCCCCCUCAGGAUGGAUCUCGGGCAGGACCCGGUGAUCAAUCCCACCAACCGCCACAGGGUAUGCAACAAUUUGGACACGGAGCACCUUCGGAUUAUGCCUUCCAGUACUCGCAGUGUACGGGCAAGAGGAAGGCCCUCCUCAUCGGCAUCAACUACUUUGGUCAAGAGGGCGAGCUCCGCGGCUGCAUCAACGAUGUUCGCAAUCUCUCCAACUUCUUGAUGGAGUUUUACAACUACCGCCGUGAGGACAUGGUCCUCCUCACAGAUGAUGCGCAGGAUCCCAUGUCCCAGCCCACAAAGGACAACAUCACCCGUGCUAUGCACUGGCUUGUUGAGGGCGCGCAACCAAAUGACUCUUUAUUUUUUCACUACUCUGGCCAUGGUGGACAAACUGAGGACCUCGAUGGGGACGAGGACGAUGGGUACGAUGAGGUGAUAUACCCUGUCGACUUCCGGGCGAACGGUCACAUUGUCGACGAUGAUAUGCAUCUUUGGAUGGUGCAACCCCUCCAGGCGGGUGUUCGUCUGACUGCCAUCUUCGACUCUUGUCACUCCGGUACCGCCCUGGACCUUCCAUACGUAUACUCAACCAACGGUGUUCUCAAAGAGCCGAAUUUGGCCAAGGAGGCCGGUGUUGGUCUGCUCGGUGCCGUCCAGUCUUACGCUAGGGGCGACCUGGGCGGUGUUGCAACCAGCCUAUUCGGCUUUGCCAAGAAGGCUUUUAGCGAUAAGCAGGCGCGGGAAAGAACCAUGCGCACCAAGACAUCGCCGGCUGAUGUUAUCAGCUGGUCAGGCAGCAAGGACGACCAAACAUCUGCCGAUGCCACGAUCGCGUCUCAGGCCACGGGAGCCAUGUCGUAUGCGUUCGUGUCAGCUCUGAGGGCAAACAGGCACCAAACCUACAACCAGCUGCUCAACAGCAUCCGAGACAUUCUGGAAGGACAGUACAGCCAGAAACCUCAGCUGUCCUGCUCACACCCACUGGAUACCGAAAACGUGUGGUUUGUCAUGUAAUAUGUGCACACUAGACCAACAGGCUAUGGACAGCUCAAGGCUGUUUCGGUUCAACAUGAAAUCAUGCUUAACACAUGAGUUCUUUGGAAUUGUUUUGGUGUUCACUCUAUGAGGGUCGUCUAGGGCCACAAUUAUUGGUUUCCAUGCUUUAUAGGCGUUUUAUAUGUCAUCUGUCACACCGUGACAAGGGCCUAAUUAUCCAAUCUUGCCUGGCUGACUUCAAUGACAUUGGUCACUUCAAGUUGGAUCCGUAAGGCUUUUUGGAGCAAGGCUGGUCGAGACAGUAUAUCUUGAUAGUGAUCGACUGCAGGUUUCGGCAUCCUGGACAGGGGCUCUACAUGGUAG